UUGUCUUCCAAGGGGUUGCAACUUGACCUGUGUGUGCUCUUAGUCAUGACCACUUGCUUUACCUUUUGCACUGUCCUAUCCUGUCUCGUCCUGGUGCCUGUGUGUGCAGAUGUGGAGGAAAGGCGUUGCAAGCUGGAAGCUGCUUGGGGACCAUGGCGAUGCCCAGGUGAGGAACAUAAAUGCACCCACAAAAACGCAACACGAUACAAGUGUAUGGGAGGGAAUUGCACAAUUGAUGACCCGUGCGCCAACCUACCCGGGUUUCAAGAAACAAAGUCAUGCAGUAAGAUGCUGGCCCUUGCUUUAUGUGUACCCUGGUGGGCGUCUUGGUCCUCGUGGACGAAAUGUACUGCUGUUUGUGGAUUUAUGGAAAGUACUCGAUUUCGUCCGUGCAUUGGAGCCUGGACAACGGAACAUAUUCAACCGGAAGUUAGACGUGAGUUGCAGGCCUCAUGUGCAUCAAACAUUCGAGCGGCCGAGGGUGUCGAAACCCGCGAUUGUCCAAUAAGGCGUCUGUGUCCAAAUAUUCAUGGAGGCUGGGGAGAGUGGACAGAAUUCACGCAAUGUUCUGUUACCUGUGGGACCGGGUUUCGUUAUCGCAUGCGGUUAUGUAAUCGUCCUGAACCACGGGGGAACGGCUUACCCUGUCAUGGGAUCGAUACACAGCAGGUCCCCUGUGAAGGUCCCGUCCCUUGUCCCAAACGAGGUCAGUGGUGUCCAUGGUCACCGAACAUUCCCCACUGCAGUCAUCCAUGCGGACCCAUCGGGAUGGGACUACGGACGAGACUGUGUGCAUGUCCAAAGCCCAGCUACGGGGGCGAAGCAUGUGAGGUGCCCCCGGAAGCAGAAGCAUUUGCAAAAUAUGAAGCGACUAAAAAACCCGGUUCGGGUGUACCCGCGCCAACUGAAUUUGCUAUUCAUGCAAUAAGAACUGGCCAAGGUAGGUGGGAACCCUGCAAUCGACAUCCUUGUCCAUAUUUGAAAUUCCUAAAGGAAGAGGAAGAAAGAUUGUUGCUCAAGGAUUUGCUCGCCCAGAGAGCUGAAGAUGCCUGGGUUUGGUCUGCUGGAUUGCCAGCCAAACGUGAUGAUCCCGUGCAACUUUACUGUCCGCCAACAAAAGAAUCACGCUUAAAUGUGUUCGACCGUCCAGAACGCUUUCCAAAGUCGCGUGCGUACUGGACAAAGUCCGUUCCACUAUCACCGCACACACCACAUGAUUUUCCAGGUGAAAUUCUUGAAAACACAAAAACAAUACUGAUUGAGGGAGACCGAUUGACGAUACGUUCACUGCAACCAUACACAACCGGUGUUUAUCGAUACGGGUACGAAUAUGAGCCAGGGUACUACGAGACUGUUUGCUUCUUUGUUGUCUACAUCAAGGACAGUGUAUGGGAUAUUUUGCAUGGUAGCACAUUCGACCUCACCUGCAACGCACUGGGUCUGUGGCCCAUCAUUCAAAAACCCCAGACCGGUACCUGGACCGUGUACUGGGAUGUCCGCUUGGAAAAAAGACUAGAGGAUUCGAUGCACAACACUCGCUGGUGGGUCACAGAGCUAAUGAAACAGAUGACGGAAGAGGAAAUCAAAAUGUUGAAUCAAACCACCAAUGCUACUGCUCGAGCGAUUAUGGCAGGAACGGGGUUUACACUAUGGGACACAGAAUAUCGUCGUGUGUACCGGGCAACCUCCACCAUGAAUGGAAACUACACCUGCACAAUUUACAAUAACGUCGGGAGGACGCUAAAUCGUACGUUCUACACGGAGUCAUUCAUCCUACGAGUGGCACCCCCACCAACAAUUUUUGAACUCGUUAAACUAUGGUGCAUUCAAAAUCAAUGGCAAUUAACAGUUCUCUUUAUCGUGGGUCUCGUUUCAAGUGUAUUGUGUGCACUAUGUUUGUGGCGCCGCUCCCACAAUAUUGCCAGACUGGAAAUACAGGCGCGUGAUUAGAACUGACAUUGAGAAGAACCAUUAUUCGGUGCCUCAUACUCUGUCUCCGUCUAGUAAUCCGGAAUACAAUAACACGAUCAUAUAUCAAAGGUUGUGAAUUCACAAAAAACUACAUGAGAAAAAUCUGUGAGAAUAUGACCCUUUUAAACAGUAAUCAUCAGUUACUGGUUUCUUUCAAAAGGUACAAGUUUAAAGCCACUGGCUGCAAUCAAAACGUUUUUUGCAAUAAUGAAUCCAAAUAGUUUUAUUAUUUUGACCCGAAUUAUUGCUUUCCCUGUUCUUUUUCAAGAGCGCC